AUGUCCUCCACAACUCCUACUUCCAACCCCUCCCCGGCGCCGGUGACGUCCUCGCGCAAGCUCGUGCUGUUGGGUGAAUCGGCCGUCGGCAAGUCCUCGCUCGUGCUUCAAUUCGUCAAGCAACAAUUCGACGAUUAUCGUGAAUCGACGAUCGGCGCCGCCUUCUUGACCCAGACCGUCGCCGUUCAGAAUGGCUUUAUCAAAUUCGAGGUCGGUCAGAUCACAACAGUAGCAGUCGGACGUUGGAGGGGGAAGGGUAGCACAGCCCCGCCCCCUCUCGUCUCGGCGUGAUCGAUAAGCCUCAUUGGAAGCUGAUCUGUUUGGGUUACCCCGGGGUAGAUUUGGGAUACGGCAGGUCAAGAGAGGUACAAGUCGCUCGCGCCGAUGUACUACCGCAACGCCCACGCCGCCGUCGUCGUAUACGACAUCACCUCCGCCGUGAGUUCGAGUCAGCCAAGAGAUGGCCCCCUCUCACUUCUUCCCCCCCCCCCUUACCAAACCCGUACUAAUCCUACAUCCCUCCCACCCAGCCCUCUCUCCAAAAAGCCAAGAACUGGAUCGCCGAACUACAACGCCAAGCCGACCCAGGUAUCACCGUCUGCUUAGCAGGCAACAAACUCGACCUUGCCGAAACGCAACGACAAGUCGCUUACGAGGACGCGGCCAAGUUCGCCCAGGAGGAGAACUUGUUGUUCUUUGAGACGAGCGCAAAGACUGCGGAGGGGGUCGUGGAUAUGUUUCAGAAGAUUGGUAGGUCGGAUCGGAUAGGUGCAGAGGCCGUAUGGCGUGAAGCGUGGACUAAAGCAGUUGAACAUGGUCUCCCUGAUCACAGCGGACAAGUUGCCUCUGGACCUCCCGAGCGCCAAGGCUCGGACGGGUGGUGCGACAGCAGGUGGCGCACGACAUGGUGUCAACCUCAACAAUCAAGCGGGCAACACAUCGCAGGGACCUUGCGCUUGCUAG